UUCGCAUUUCGGUCUGGGUAUAUUGAGCAUUGUAUGUGCAGAGACUUCAUUCCUUAUUCUGACAUGUACUUCAGUAUCCUUCUGGCAACUAGCCUUGCGGUUUCAGCCUUAUGCAGCCCAACGCCAACCGCGCGGCAGACCCCCAGCAAACCAAUGUAAGUUUCCAUGUUCCUUCCGCAACAUUGCCAUCUGACCUUUCGAAGUUUCGCCCAUUACAUGAUCGGAUCCAUCAUACCGGACCAUACAAACCAGGAUAUUGUCGAUGCAAAGAACCUAGGCCUUGAUGCUUUCGCUUUGAACCUUGACUCGCUAGACUCAUGGGCAACCGAAACUGUCGGCCACCUCUUUGACCAGGCCGACGAUUCUGGCUUUGGCCUCUUCUUCUCCUUCGACCACAACCACUUCAGCAGCCCGUCGGAGUAUGCAGACUUUUUGAAGCCCUUCCUCAGCCGCCCUUCGUACUUCAAGUACGCCGGCAAGCCCCUCGUCUCCACAUUCAACGGUGAGUCCGUUACAGAAGAUAACUGGGCCUCUUUCAAAGCGGCCGUCGGUGACAUCCUCCUCAUUCCCGGCUUCUCCGCCGCAGUCCCCAGCCCAGACUUCUUCGCCGCCCGCAACUCGCUCGAUGGCGUGUUCAAUUGGAACUCAUGGCCCGACGCUUCAGCAGGCAAAGCGGAUGUGUCUGAUGCAGACGACAGCACCUAUCUCUCCGCGGCGCACGGCGCGGGCAAGCUGUUCAUCAUGGGCGUUUCGCCCCUGCAGUUCAAGCACAUCGAUCCCAGCGACAACAAUUGGUACCGCCGAGGCGAGGGCAAUCUGGAGCUCAGACUGGAGCAGGCGCUUACCCUGCAGCCGGACAUGAUUGAGCUGCAGACGUGGAAUGAUGCGGGUGAGAGCCAUUAUAUGGGGAAUUGGUGGGAGGAACCAAUUGCAAACACCCCCAUCCUGGACUACGUCAGGGACUACGAUCACAAGGGAUAUUGGCAGGUCCUUGGGCCCUUCAUUCAGGCAUGGAAGCGCGGGGAUUCUACUACUGCGGGCAUAGUGCCGAGUGGCAAGGAUGUGCAGGGGGCGUUUUGGCAUCACACUUUGACAGUAAACGCCGACUGCGGUGCUGACGCAUUUGGGAAGCCGAGAGACUUUGGUAAUGCGGAGGAUGUCGUCAGUGGUAUUAUUCUCGUGGCUGUUGGAAAGACAGGUCUUGUUGCACUUGUGAAAAAUGGGGAUCGAGAGCUAGGGCAAGUAGACCUGGUGGAGGGCUACAACAGGUUCAAGGUGGAGGGACUUGGUGAUGGGAGUGUGAGUGUUAAGGUUGUGGAUGGUAGUGGUGCCGCUGUUGCGGAAGCUACUGGCUCACUCAGUGUGUCGAGCUCGGCUGCGCUUUGCAACUACAAUUUCCAGGUCGUUGGGUUUUGA